UAUAGCUGCCAUUAGCUCGGUAUGGUAUAUGUCAUUGAUCACCAUGUACUAUUUCAAUAAAGAUGGUUCGCCUACUAUGUCCAUCACUCGAAUGGCCUUCAAGUCCAGUCUCGCUGACGGUAAACUUGAAAAGGUAACAUUGACUUCUUUUGGAGUAACUACAGCAUUUAGUUGGAUUUGACGCUGCUAGAGAUACUGCCGCCUCGGUGACGAGAUUUGUGUAACUUCAGCGUUGCGAAGACGGCACUGGCGUCAAGCCACAUCUUGAGAGCCGGAUCUAGGUAUAUAUAACGUGAUAUGACUGCUCUCUGUAACAUUAGUCGCGGGUGCUUUCUCUUCGUCAUACUCUCUCUACUUUGCAAGAACACUACAGCAGCGGAUAGCUAUUAUACAACAUGUCAAAACUAUUAAGUCAAAGCCUAGAUGGAUUGCGCAGCCAUCUCGGGAGUCUAACAUGGAAUCCGACUCUCAGGGUAGCCAAGUCAUCCGUGUUAUCUAUUUUGUCUCAAAUAAAAAUUGGCACUCUGUUGCUGGUUGACGAAUCGGACCACACCAACCAUGUCUUUGGACAGAAAGAUGUCGAAAUGGCAGAUGACACAGCCAGACGUGCUUGGCCUCAAAGUCGGAUCGACAACGCACCCUUUGCUAAAAUUGUGAUUAAGAGCGCGGAGUUCUGGAUGCGACUUUUCUUAUUCGCCGACAUGGGGUUUGCCGAAGCUUACAUGCUUAAGAAUUUCGAGUGUCAAGAUUUGACUUCCUUCUUUCAGCUAUUUAUAAUCAACCGUGAACAACUGAACAACGGCACUACAUGGUUUUCUCAGCUCUCGUCUAUUUUGUCUAAUCUGGCUCGAUCUACAAACACUCUUUCCAAUGCUCUCCUCAAUGUUUCCGCACACUACGAUAUCAGCAAUGAGAUGUUUGCAGCGUUUCUGUCCCCAGACAUGACUUAUUCAUGCCCAAUUUGGGACUGUAGUCAUCCAGACGACGAUGAGCUGUUGGAAUAUGCGCAGCUGCGGAAGCUCGCCUACUUCGUUGAAGGUGCAAGAAUACAGCCUAGCGAUCAUGUUUUGGAAAUUGGCACUGGUUGGGGCUCAUUCGCCAUUGAAGCAGUGAAGAAAACUGGUUGCCGAGUGACAACCAUAACCCUGUCUACUGAGCAGAAAGCCAUGGCGGAGAAGAGAAUUGAAGAAGCUGGAUUGGGCGACAGGAUCGAGGUCAGACUCCAGGAUUAUCGAGAGUUGCCAGUUCCAACGGCGCCUUACGAUAAAAUCAUUUCCAUAGAGAUGUUGGAGGCUGUGGGGCAGGAUUAUCUCGCCGACUACUUCGACUGUGUGCACCGAUUACUCAAGCCUAAUGGAGGCAUCGCCAUGUUUCAGUGUAUUACAAUGCCCGAAGGGCGCCAUGAGGCAUAUUCCAAUUUCAUCAACCAAUACAUCUUCCCCGGCGGCUACCUCCCAUCCAUCACCCAGAUCCUGAAUCACAUCAGCUCUCAAUCUCAGGGAUCCCUCAUCAUUGAAAAGGUAGAUAAUAUUGGCGGCCAUUACGCCAAAACGCUCCGACUUUGGAGAGAAAGUUUUUUGGGUAGAUUUGAGGAAACCAUUCGACCUGCGUUGCUCAGAGAACAUCCUGAUAUGACCAAGGAAGCUAUCCAAGUUUUCCGCAGGAAAUGGGAGUAUUAUUUCUCAUACUGCGAAGCCGGCUUUCUCACCAAGACGCUUGGUGAUGUUAUCAUCACAGUCGCGCGGGAGGGGCCAUCAGAAUUGAUGGGCAAGAUUCCUUUGUAG